GAGACAGGCGAGACAAGACAGGUGAGACACUGAGGGACAGGUGAGACACUGGGGACAGUUGAGACACUGAGGGACAGGUGAUCACGUGGUGUUUGUAACGUGUGAUUGUUUCUGAACAGAAUCUGUGAACUUCAGACGGAAACGUCUCGACUUAAAGACGAGAUGAAGAGACGGAAGUCUUGGACAGAGCAGAGACGCUGGAUCCCUGGUUUGACCGUUGCUGAGUCUCAGGAUCCUGAAGCUCUGGACAGACAGCUGAGACGUCUCCAGGCUCAGAGGACAGCUCUGCUGGACACCAGGAGUUGUUGCGUGUCCCUGGACGUCAAAGACCAGCUGGACACCGAGCUGAGGACACAUGAGCUCCGCAGAGACGAGCUGAGCACAGAGAACAAGCGUCUGAGCAUCCUAUGGAGGCGUCUCAGGUCUGUGUGUGGACGUCUGUCUCACUGGGAGGACGACGAGCAGCAGGUCCCUCUGGAGGACCUGCUGUCCUCUAUGCUGGAGGACAUGAGACUGAGCGGAGAAACAAACGGGGACGACGUUGAGCUGUUUGAGGACGAAGAACCGAGCGGAGUGAACGAGUCUGAGCUCGUCAACGAUCACGUGAUCAGGUCCCUCCUGUUCUUAAUCCCACUGUUUUUAAUCUGUAAUCUGUGUCAGAUUAUUUUCUGUGUUUUAUUGAGUUUCUUCUCUUUAAACUUGUUUUUUAUCAUGUUCAUGGACUCUGUUGAGUUCAGCUCACGUCUCAUGUCAGGUGUGUCGCCCCCCCUGGGCUCGGCCCCCCCGGGCUCAGCCUCUCCCCUCCUCCUCUUCUUUCAGGCCCUGCUGGUGACUGUCCCUCCUGGUGUCCAGCUGUCCCCCUCUCUGUCCUCUCAGUGCGUCCUCAUGGCGCUGAGUCACGGCGCCUUGCGCCUCCUCACUCACGCCGUCACACAGAACAAACUGAGCUUCUCUGAGCAGCUGGGCGACGUCCUCACUGAGCACGCUCAGCAGAACAUGGGCGUGGCCGACCAGUGUCUGGCGUUAGCGAGCGUCGUUUACGAGGCGUGUGGGCGGAGCAGGAAGUCUGCACUGAGCAUGUGCAGAAGAGGCCUCAUCCACAGUGCUGCAGAGUUCAUGGAGCACAACCUCACAACAGAUGAUAUCAUUUGGGUUCUAUGUCGCUCGCCCAGCCUCUCUCUCCUCCAGCUGUUGACGGAGCGCCGGUCUUCAGACAGGUGUCGCAGAGCGGCCAUCUUGUCAGUGGGCGUGGCCUGUUCCACUCUGCUGGCCGCUGACCCCCCACACCAGGAGGUGGCGCUGCAGCUUCUGGACGGCUUGGUCCAGCGAGGCCGAGGUGCGUCCGCCAUGUUUGUUUACGUUCAAACAUCAGAGCAGAGACACAUUUUUAAAACGUGUCCUUCCUUCUACCGCUCUGUGCUCUUCAUAUUCUUUUACGUCUAUAUUUAG